UUACUCGCCUCGUAAUAACUUUCUUAAAACUUGCAGCGUUGCUUCAUUGUAUUUAUAUGCGUGAUAUUAAUAAUUUUUGUGUCGACACAGAAUGCUGACAUUUUUGAAGCAUGCAAAACGACUGGAGCACCAUUAUCUGAUAAAAGGUCCACCCAAUAGCAGAACCAGAAAAUCCUUUGUACACGAUGAUACGAGUAAAGGAGUGAACGAUGAAAUUAAAUCAGUUCAGGAAAUCCUUCGCAAAGUAAAAUUAAAGACGGAAUCAAAAAUGCAUCACGUGAACAAAAUGUUUUCAAAGGCCACAGAAAACGUAAACGAUGCAAUUAAAAAGAGCAACAAAAUUUUAUCUGAGAAAUUAGAUCGAAACGAAAAGGUCGUGAGUGACAUUAUGAAAAAGGUUACCAGUCAGAGUACGCAGUUAAAAGAUUGUAUAGAUAAGUAUAAAGGAGACGUAUAUAACGCUCGAAAUGAUUUUUCCCAUGAAAUUAAAGACUGCAAUAAAAACGCAAUAAUCGCCUUGGAGGGUAUUAAAAGUAACUGCGAGGUACCAAUAAAAGAAGCCCAGGAGUUUAAGGCGAACGUAAAACAUUUACUGAAACAAUGUUUGCAAACUAAAGGUGCGACUACAAAGUGUCUGACGGACAAGAUGAACGAGAUGGUAACACGUUAUAAUGAAAUAUUUGAAAAAUUGAAUGAAAUUCCAAAAAAUACCGAUAGCCUCGUGCUAAAGAAUAUAAAAGACAUGACCGAUUGUCAUCAAGAGGCACAUCGUAAGCUUCAAAAGAAUUUACAAGAAAUUGUUGAAAAAACUGAAAAAUGUGUCAGCACGAUUAAAGCGCGCUUCUCCACUUGAUUAAAGAUUAAUAAAAUAAUAUUAAGAAUAAAGAACUCCAAGUUUUUUACUCGUUAAAAAAAUUACAUGGUAUCUUGUAGAAUGUCAAAGAUACCAAGUACGAAAUACCCAUUGCCCAACGGUAUCGGUACUUUUUCAAGAAAAGCCACACGAUAAUAUAAAAAGCAGAGCAGUAUAUCAAAACUUUAAGUCCUAUCUCUUUAUAAAGUCUUACUCCGUUUAAUGAAGAGUAACUCGAGCCAUGUACAACGUGCUUUACAUUCCACUUACUAAGAUCAUCCGUCUUGGCUGCUGAAGUCUGAACUCUGAAAUACGAAAAGCGCUUCGAUACUCGAAUCCGCGACGACUUUCCUUUGUUUCUAACCCAAGAUAUUUCAAAGCCCGUGAAAGAGCCAGGAAUGUUCAUUCUUUAAGAAUACGAAGGAAUGCAUGGGUGCAAAUAGCUCCAACGCGAACAAUCAAAUUUUAACGUUAGAGGCCGUACUGGAGGAAGCGGAGGAAGUAUUACGGAAAGCAACCGAAAUUGUGUCGCAAACCAUACAGCAUGAGUUUACUGAAUUACAAAAUUAUGAAGAAAAGGCGGCCACCACGGCAUCGAAUACUAUAAAAACAAUAAAUCAAAAAUUGGCUGAAUUAUCGGAAUUCAGCGAAAAGGCAAGAUUGUGCAUAGCCAAGAAAGAAGCGGAAUUACAGGGCGUGGAAUUAAAAAUGAAGAAUACUCUGGCUGAUUGCUACAGAAAACAAUACGGAGCGCUGGAAAAAUUUCGAACGGAACGUUUGAUGAUUCACGAGGAGGCAAAGCAAAUGAAAUUCGACACUCAAAGAAUAAUCCAAAAUUGUAUAUCGAGCGACGAUCAAUUAAAAUGCUUCGAGUUAGGCAUCAAGGACGUCCGUAAACGAAUGUUAACGCUUUAUGAGAAAUUUCAGACAUUGGCAAAAAAGGAAACGGAAGCGCGGGUCAAAUGUACAAAAUUAAUACACGACUGCGAUAAGAAAGCCAUGGAAAGUGGUCAUAAGAAGUAUAUGGAGAUAAUUGACGAAAUUCGUAAGUGUAUUAAUUAAAUAAUUGUCAAAUAAA